AGGCUCAAAACACACACACACACACAUGAAUGUAGAGAGAAAGGGGAGGGAGAGGCGUUUCAGGGGGCAAUAAAAGAUAAAUAUCACGGUUAUCCCGAGAAAUUAGGAGCGUUUUUUACCUGCCGGGGAGACGCCGCUGUGGCCGCGGAGCGCGUCGGUUCGCCGCGGAGCGAAACAACCGGCAGCGGUCGGUGUGACGUCAAAGCCGCCGGUGCUGUGAGGAGUUCUCAGAAUAGACUUCUAGGAAACGGUACAUUUUAAAAGCCAAGCCUUUUUUACACUCUGUCCUUCACACAUUUGGAUCCUAUUCUGGUUUUGACAACACACUCCACAAGACCCCGGCUGCUACAGAGAGAGAGGGUUUUAAUGUUUUAAAUUAUUUUAUAUUUAACGGGGUUUUUGUUUCAUUUUUACAUCCAGGGUUUUUCUUUUAUGAACUACAGGACCAGAGCCUAUUUGGGUACGCGGAGCUCUUCGUCGCUUUUCUGUCUUUCUUUCUUUUUUUAAAAUAAGGCUCAUUCCCUCAGACCGAUGUAUACAAAGGUUUGUUUUCUCGCCUUUCUUCGUCGUCUCGUUUUCUAAAAAAAAGAAGAAUAUAACCGACCGGAUUGUAGCCAGAGGAUUCAAGAAAUAGCAUGAUUCUUUGUGUACCAGGUCCUAGAGCUUCUCUGCCCGCUCCUCCGUCCACCGAACCCCCACGGGGCAUGCGGGCAGGAACAGUACCUCCUACCCCUUGCCUCCAGAGCACCCCUCCGCUAUGGGACCCCACAAAGGACCUGCGGGCGAUUGCCAGCAACUUCUGCUAUCUAGAAAAUUCAGGAUGGUACUGGGGAGCUGUGACUGCGGCUCAAGCUCACGCUGCACUUCAAGAGGCAUCUGAAGGAGCUUUUUUGGUACGAGACAGCAGCCACCCUCUAUACAUGCUGACCCUCUCGGUCAGGACUGCACGCGGCCCCACCAGUAUACGGAUCCAGUACAGCGGCGCUCAGUUUUUACUGGACUCCAGCUCUCCGGCCCGGCCCAGCCUGUCGUCCUUCCCAAACGUGCCCAGCCUGGUGCAGCACUACAUGGGACCAGAGAAGAAAGCAGAGGAAGGGAGGAAGGUGGAGGGGGAGGCUCCUGCAAAACAGCAGACAAUGCAGGACACAUCUGUUGUAUUAAAACUGAAGCGGGCUGUGUACAAGCCCCAGGGCCUCCCCUCCUUACAGCACCUCACACGCCUGGUCAUUAACAGACACUCUGAUUGCCCCGACCAGCUACCACUCCCGAGGCUUCUGCUGCGUUACAUACAGGACUACCCCUUCAAGGUCUGAGUGAGAGGAGAGAGGAGGAGGAGAAGGAGGAAGGGUGUCCCUAAAAUCCAUCAUUCUGGCUGAAUCUCAGCUGACUUAAAGGAAAAACAAACUGUCAAACAGGUCCUUUGUGCCUGUGAAUGACAUCGCUGCUCCAGCAGUUGGAGGCCAGUCACAGAAAAAUACUGGACACAGGGUCAUGUUUUUUUGCUGAUGAAAUAUGUACAGUUCAUACUGACGUGCCUGGUUUCAGACUCAGUGGGUGGUGAAGUACCCCGAGAGGAAGAUGCCUCGUGAGCAAACUUCAAUACUGUAAUCUACACUUAUUUGUGGAAAUUGUCCACAGCCAUUUUAACCCUUGUCAGUUCUGGAUGUACAUACAGUUCCUAAGAAGUACACCGAUUCCAUUGAGACAUCUUUCACGCCAUUGUAUUUUUCUCAGUAAGACGUUUUUUUCUACCUUUUACAUGUGUACAUUUUUUUAUUAAAAUAAGCAAUUGGGAGACUAA